UAAGGGAAAAAGAAGUUAAAAAACCAGCCCAUUUGCCUCAUUGUACUUGAUUGAUGAGUAUAGUAGAUCACAUUAUUCGCUCAUCAUCAAACGACAGGAAGAAACAGCUCAAGAGGGUUUCAAUUUCAUUUCAUCCUCCAAAAUAAAACCUUCCAUCAUCUUCACCAUCAUAUUUCCCUUUUUUCAUUCAUACAAACCGAACCCUCUUAUUCUUUCCUACUACAUUCAAUCAUAACUCUCCUCCUUUCUCUUUUCCUCAUUCCCAAGAAAAUUCACAAAAUUCCCAAUUUAAAAUGUUAAUUUAAUUCAAUUAUUAUUAUAUUCUCCAUCCUUUUUUGGUAGCAAUACAUCUUCAAUUUCAUUUUUUUCUUCCCCUUUUUGGCUAUAACCUACGAUCUUCAAUUUUUUAUUUUUCACCAAUGUAUGCUACAAAAUCACGAAUUUCCCUUGACCCAUUUAAAUUCCCCAUCUCAAUCUGAUGCAGCUUUUAUCACAUUGUUUGGAAUGUACGGUUCCCUUCCAUGACCGAGAUCUAGGGUUUCAUAACCCUGUUUCUCCCACAUUGUUCCAUUUCACGGUUCUUCUAGAACAAAUUAACGUUUUCGUGUUAAAUUGUUAAUGGGUUCCCUUUAAAUCUUCGAAAUUUGUCGAUUUAAACUUCUGGGUCGCCAUGCUAAAGCAAUUUCUGAGUAAACUUCCUCGCAAAGCAUCAAAACCUGAAUCGGACGAGUCGUCUCGAGGCGACUCGUCCAGUCCUCGUGCCGCCGGAAAAAACAACCGGUCAAACGGCGGUAAUGGAGGUGGUACAUCCGCUAAAAACAACCCAUCGAAAAAGAAUUCAUCGGCGGCGGUUUUUCCGGCGAGCACCGUGUCGUUGAUCGAACCGUUGGUGCCUUUUAAGGAUGUUCCUAGCUCGGAAAAAAUGAACCUUUUUGUGAGCAAGUUGAGCCUUUGUUGUGUUUCGUUUGAUUUCACCGACCCUGGUAAGAACGUUGUUGAGAAAGAUGUAAAGAGAAGAACUUUGGUUGAACUUGUUGAUUUUGUUUCUACUUUUGGGUCUUCAAGGUUUAGUGAACCUGCUAUUCUUGCAAUGUGUAGAAUGUGUGCUAUUAAUCUCUUUCGUGUUUUCCCGCCAAAUUAUAGGGCUAAUAGAGGUGGUGAGAAUGAUGAUGAUGAACCAUCUUUUGAUCCUGCUUGGCCUCAUCUUCACCUUGUUUAUGAAUUGUUGCUUAAAUUUAUAACAUCUUCAUGUCUUGAUGCUAAGGUUGCAAAAAAGUAUUUUGAUCAUUCUUUUAUUUCGACAUUGUUGGAGUUGUUUGAAUCGGAGGAUCNNNGGGAAAGAGAUUGUCUGAAGACAAUUCUUCACAGGGUUUAUGGGAAAUUCAUGGUUCAUAGACCUUAUAUUCGGAAAUCGAUUAACAAUGUGUUUUAUAAGUUUGUGUUUGAGACUGAAAAACACAAUGGGAUUGCUGAGUUGUUGGAGGUUUUUGGGAGCAUAAUAAGUGGAUUUGCUUUGCCAUUGAAAGAGGAACAUAAAAUCUUCUUGUGGAGAGUUUUGAUCCCUUUGCAUAAGCCUAGAUCUAUGGGGAUUUACUUCCAACAACUAUCUUACUGUGUCUCGCAGUUUAUAGAGAAGGAACCUAAGUUGGCAAGCAUUGUGAUAAGGGGUUUGUUGAAAUAUUGGCCAAUAACACAUAGUCAGAAAGAGGUAAUGUUCAUUGGUGAAGUGGAAGAAAUUUUGGAAACAAUUAACAUGGUAGAGUUCCAAAGGGUCAUGGUUCCAUUGUUUUGGCGGAUUGGAUGCUGCAUUGGCAGUUUACACUUUCAGGUAUCUGAAAGAGCCCUUUUCUUAUGGAACAAUGAUCGCAUUGUCAAUUUGAUCGCUCACAACCGUCAAGUGAUCUUACCUAUCAUAUUUCCAGCUCUGGAGAGGAAUGCUCACAGCCACUGGAACCCAACAGUGCUGAACUUAACUCACAAUGUUAGAAAGAUGUUCAUGGAAAUGGAUGAGAAGCUGUUCCUUUCUUGUCAAUCUCAGUUUAAAGAGGAAGAAGCAAUGCUAAACUCGGAAGCCGAGAAACGGAAGGAAGCCUGGAAACAAUUAGAACAUUCAGCGAGUCUCCAGCCUGUAGUUGGAAAUACCGCCGUUUUAGUGUCUCCGAUUUGAUAAUCGAAACGAUGUAUUAUGAUGAAUAUGAUACACCCCAAAUCAAUUUUUAUCACUUUCAUCCUGGUAUGGUGGAAAACCAUAAGAAAUGUGGUUAAAUGGUUGUUACUGGGAGUAGCUUUUCAUUUUUGGGUCCUAUAGGCCUUUCUUUGAUGCUUCUAGCAGCCAAAUGUUGUAACAUGUAACAUGUUUUUGAUGAAUAAACCUACAAUUUUCAGUCCCUAUA